CCCAUUUCCUGCUCCAGGAGAAGCCCGAGUGCCAUUUCUUCAACGGGACGCAGCGGGUGCGGUUCCUGGACCGGGACUUCUACGACCGGCAGGAGAUCGACUACUUCGACAGCGACCUCGGGAAAUACGUGGCCGUCACUCCGUUGGGGCAGCCCGAUGUGGACAAGUGGAACAGCGAUAAGCGCAUCCUAUGGCAACUCAGGGUAUCAAGAGAAAACGUUCUGCAUAUGACGCGAAUUACCGUCUCCAUCUCCCCCACCAAGCUGGAUCCCGCUUCCCCCAACACCAUCCUCCUCUGCACCGCGAGAGGCUUCUACCCUGUGGAGAUUGAGGUCCGGUGGCUGAAAAACGGGCGGCCGGAGGAGGAGGGCGUGGCCUUUGGGGAGGAGCUCCAGAAUGGAGACUGGACCUACCAGCUCCAGGUGAUGCUGGAGACCCAGCCCCAGCGAGGGGACGUCUACACCUGCCAGGUGGAGCACGCCAGCCUGGAGGCCCCCAUCAGUGUCCAAUGGGAGCCCCGUUCCUCCAACUCUGCCAAGAGCAAACUCUGGACGGGGAUCGUGGCAGCCGUGAUCGGGGUGAUCUUCUUUGCCAUGGGGCUCUUCCUCUACCUGAAGAGCAAGACAGGUGAG